AUGCUGAAGGAGAAAAAUCUUGAAGAGAAAUUUCAUGACAUAAUAAGAACCAGAAAAUAUAGAGAGAAGAGGAUGGUGAGGCCCGACCCUAAAGAGGAUUGGAACGCGGUUACUACACCCCCUUUUGAGUUGGAGAUAGAUCAGAGGACAAAGGACAGAUUACGAAGGAGGGCUGGAAAAGAGAGGGCGGAGUUAAGAAAGAGGAAAGAGGAAGAGGAGAUUGAGGAGGUAAUUCGUAGGGAAGGCUGGAAGAGGAUAAGAGAGAGGAAACAGAAGACACGAGAAGAAAGGUCAGCCCCUGGUGAGGACGGAAGUGGGUAUGAUGUGAUGAAAUUAUGGACGAGAGGAUGGAAGGAAGCGAUCCUGAUAAUUUAUAAUGAGCCGCAAAAAAGAGCUCUGCGACCAAUAUCGCUAAUGAAUUGUCUGGGAAAAACGCUGGAAAGAAUGGUAAAUGAAAGAAUGAGAGUGUGGGCAGAGGAAGAAAAUAGGAUGAACAUUAAUCAAAAUGGUUUUAGGACGUGGAGGUCGACUAUGGAUAAUAUCAGUAUUCUGGUCAAUGGAAUCAGGGAAAACUGGGGAAAAGGAAGGAAGGUGAUGGCUGCUUUUAUUGAUGUCAAAUCGGCGUAUGACAAUGUCAAACACGAUGGGAUGAUACGAGGGCUGAAGGAGAUGGGGUGCCCGACGAAGAUGUCGAGAUAUAUUGAGUCAUGGUUGAACGAAAGGAAGAUUGAGAUAAGGAUGGUGGACGGAAAUGCAGUAAGGAUGAAACUACAGAAGGGGCUACCACAGGGAUCAGUUUUGAGUCUUCUGUUAUAUAAUUUGUACACGGUGGGAAUCGUGGAGAGGCUGAGAGAGAUGGGGGUUGGGAUACUUCAAUAUGCAGAUGAUAUUGUGGUGCUUGUAGAAUUCGAGGAUAGGAGGGAAGGGAAAAGCAAAAUAGAAGAGGCGAUAAGUAGAUUGAAGGGGAAUCUAGGAAAGAUAGGACUAGCAAUAGCAGCGGAAAAAACGCAGAUAGUGAAAUUUGACAAUAACAAGAGGAGGGGAAGAUUAAUUAAAGAGGAAUUCAAUGUAGAGGGAGAGAAGAUAGAGGAAGUGGAUUCAGCAAAAUUUUUGGGAAUUGAUAGGGCGUUGGAGUUCGGGAAGCAUACGGACUAUGUUGUGACAAAGUUAAAAAGGAGAAUGAAUGUAUUAACCGUUUGA